AUGACUCCCAAAGAAAUCCACGAAGACAUGGUCACGACACUUGGUGAGGUCUCGCCUUCUUAUUCCACUGUAAAGAAGUCGGUUGCUAACUUUAAGCGAGACAAGGAGAGCACGAAAGAUGACCCAAGGUCUGGACGCCCACAAUCUGCCACCACAGACAAUCAGGUUGAGGCCAUCCAUUGCAUGGUAAUAAAUGACAGACUCGUCACUAUUAGACAUAUCAGGCAUCAGUUAUGGCGCAGUUCAAAAUGUUUUGUCGAACAUCUUGGGGAUGAGCAAGUUGUCUGCAAGGUGGGUGCCCCGAAUGUUGACUCCACAUCAGAAGUUGAACAGAUUGGAAGUUUCAAAGACGCUUUCGGCUAG